CUGGCACAUUCACCGCCGAGCCCCCCAGCACCGUUAGGGCACGCAUCUCUCUCAUUCGCCGCCAGUACGACAGAGCACUGGAUUUUUCUAUCUCCUACCGUGUUCUUCUUUCCUGCCGAUGAUAAUAAAUACACCAAACUGCUUCCGUUUUCUACCUCCUGCCGUCGAAGCACCCCAGGGCGCUCAUCCUCGGUUGUAGCCUCUCCGAGGCACCAAGAACGCGAUUCCCGAUGAUGACCUCAACUCGACUCCGAGAUGUGGAUGACAGUUUUGCGAGCCGACGCGGUCACGCCAGCCAACUCUCGAUAUCCGACCCUAGCCACCACGUCACCGAGACGAUAGGGACAAUGUACGGCGACGAUGAGGACUCGGGUGCCGAGGACAACCGGCCGCUCAGUUUUAUAGCGGCCAAGUACGGCGGUGAGCACUUGGACAAGGCUCUGGAGCCGGACCAGCCGGUUGGCGACCGGUUGCGGCUGAUGCGCGCCACAUCUGACCAGACGAGCGCUACCACUCAUCUUUCCCCCACGGAUGCCAACGGUCUGAAUGGCGGCGGUCUCAGGAAGGCGCAGACACUUCCCGCUCCGUUGUCUACCGACCGGGGCAGCUCGAGCGACCGCCCCAAGUCUCCUCUACCGCAGUUGUCGCCAAAUCCGUCCUUGCGGGACGUUCAGAAUGCCGAGGCCUCGCAGUAUCCGCUGAACGGCAUGGACAAUGCGGACGACAUUGCGCAGGAACUUAGCAAUCUGCAGGCGCUACGCCGCAUGUCGAUGGAUGUCGGAAACACUACGGACCCGGACCUUCUUCAGUUUUCUGGCGUGUCGUUGGUGGAAAUGCCAUCGAUAGCACCGAAAGGCGAUGACGACGAGGCGGAUCCGUCCCGGUUGCUCUGGGUUCCGGCGAGGGUCCACCCCGAGCUCGAACCGACGGCUUUCAAAAACUUCCUUGAGAAGCGAGUGCAGACGUUAAAGCGGAGGUCGGGCGAGUCGCUCCUGUCUGCCGACGGGUUGCAGGGAAAUAACUCGGGCAGCUUGAGACGGAAGAAGUCCAUGCUCUCUCGACAGGUGAACACGAAUAGCGACAGCGGAGAAGGGAACAAUGACGGAACGGAAGGGCUUGGCCGUCAACGGUCCUUACAUGAGCACGCUGCCGAGCUCAGCCUGUCCGAGCUAGUCAGCGACCCCACCAAGGUCGUGCAGAAGUUGGCGCAAGAUACGAGGCAGGAAAACGGCGAGACUGACAGCCCGAUUCUGCCCAUGGCUCCCGGCAUGGGUCUCCGGCGGUCCACCAAAACAACUUACAGAAAAGGGGGAAGUCAGCGCUACGGCGAUCGCGCGCCGUUUUCGAAACGUCUCGCGGCGAGGCAGUCCGGGAAUGAGACCAAGGAGGAACCACCCCCGGUCCCGGCACUUGAUCCGUCCAUAGGAAAGCCCCUUACGAGAGUCCAGUCCGAGCCCAUCACUGAGAAUUACUCGCGCCCGACCCGGACCGUGCGCAGGCAGCAAAACUUUUCGAGGGAAGCCCCUGCAUCUAUUUCAUCACCUACAGCGGUAGCGGAUGAGCCGGCCAUAGGUGAGGAUGCGAGCCCCGCUACAACCACCUCACCACCAAAAACCCAGGCGCUUCCUGUCCGCUCCUCUUCAACGUCGGCAGUGCAUUCGCCCGCUGUUCCUGUGCCGCAAAUUGUCGAAACGCCGCCCGCAGACGAGAGUUCGCAGCCAACGCAGCCGCCUCCCGAGAAGUUUUCUCCUCCACAGAAAGCCUCGUUGCAGAGCCAUCCUGAACAGUCUCCUGUGGACUCCCCAACGCGCUCGACCAAACGCCCUGCCCUUACCAAGUCCUCUGUAUCGGUAUCUGCUGCAAGGUCGAACAGCGUAAAAGAGCAGGGCUCGUCUGCCCAGAACCCCUUGGCUGAGAUCAACCAGCCCCAAGCAUUGCCUGGAAGCAGCAACACCACCACGAGCAGUUUGACCUUCAUCCCCACGUUCGACAGCAUCGAGAAGAAGUUUGACAAGAAGAGUAAGGAAAAGGACGACAACGAAAGCAUCGCUUCUCACAAGUCUACUUCGAGUUGGAAGUGGUUCAAGAGCGAGGACAAGGAGAAGAAAAAGCGGGAGAAGGAGAAGGAGAAAGAGCGCGAGCGUGAGCGGGAAAGGGAACGGGAGGAGCAAGCUCGAAAGGCAAAAGCCAGGUCUGGCGACAAGACCCAUGAUCACGCUCGAAUGGAUGUUCUUCAGAGUUCAAUCGACAACGUUGCCAAGGGCCGCGAGAGUCUCCGCUUGGACCGGGAUAGUCUCGAAGGUAUACCACAGGAGGAACGGAAGAAAGAGACAAACCGGAAGGCGAGCGAGGGUAAGAAAGAGAAGGAAGGCUUUUUCGGCGGCUUGUUUGGAGUUUCGAAGAAGAAUCGGGACAAGGAGUCGAGUCACAAGAAGAAAGAGCACCGUCCGUUGACACCUGACCCGCCGCCGCGACCGCUUCGACCAGAUAUCGACUACCCCUGGACACGGUUCCCUAUCAUUGAGGAGAGGGCGAUCUAUCGGAUGGCUCACAUCAAGCUCGCCAACCCGCGCAGGCCAUUGCACAGCCAGGUGCUCCUCAGCAACUUCAUGUACUCGUACCUUGCAAAGGUUCAGGCCAUGCACCCGCAGCUUCAAAUUCCCACUUCGCCGCAACAAAAGAGGCAGGAAGAGGAAAGGAAACGUCGCGAAGCCGAGGAGGCGCAGUUGCGGAUGGAGCAGCAAAUGGCGCAGCAGGCUGUCCAGGAUGGGAGCUUCGACUUUGAGUACCAUCGAUCUGGCAGCAACUACGGCGACGCUCCAGUCCAGCAUGAUUACGUAGAUGAUGCACAAAUCUACGAUUAUGAUCAUGGCGACCAUCCGCAAAAUGGCGGGGAUUGGGAUGCCGAUGCACAGGCGCAAGGACAUGGCCGGGGCCAUGUGCGUCAGGCCAGCGGCAGCGGCAGCGGCCAGCAGGACAGCUACUACUAUGCACAGGGCAGCAACAGACGACCAGAUAACGAUGACGAGAACAGCGAUAUGUGGUAGAACUACCAUCGUCGCGUGCGAGUCGACGAGGAUGCUCAAUCGUCCGAGGUGGGUGAGGAUGCCAAACUGAGCAAAGCACCCAAGCAAAAGCGAGGCACCUCUCCUUCGGCAGACAAUGGCAAGAACCGAGGAACGACAGGG